ACUUGAGAUGUGAUAAAAGGCGGACAUUUGGAUAUUCCCGUGAUAUCACACUGAUGUAAUUUGGAUAUCUCAAGAUAUCUCUGGGAUAUGGGAUAUCCUUAAACAUAUAUCACACUGAUAGCACUGUGAUGUCGCUAUGCUAUGUGGGACGCCAAUGCGCGGGAUGCAACGAUCAUUCAAAUUGUCCGGCGUUUUUACAAUUAUACAAAUUGUUGUCGGUAUACAGCGUGAUUAAACCUCCGAAAUAUGGCAAUUGCACUGUUUCGUCCGAUGCAAAGCCGAUAACAUUGAUCUCGAUUAACGAAAUCAAGGCUAUUUACGGCAACAAACGCGAAAGACAAAGUGCGGAAUAUCAGCGAAAAAUUAAGGAAAAACUAGACCAAGUAUUACAAUACGAUUGGGAGGCGGACGACGUUUUUGAUCUUCAUUCCGAACAUAAUUAUACCCUCUCCCCUAUUCUCGAUUGUGUUAUCUACUACGUGACAGGUUACCUGUGCAAACAAAUCCUUACCAAAUAUAAUUCCUGUGCUGCAUGUGAAGAAGCCGUAAGAACGACCAAUUGCGAAUCUUCGGUGUCACAAUUGGUUGACAUGAAAUCACGCGGUGGUCUUAUUCAUGCAAAUCUCCGUUUCUUUCAUCUCAUCUGUUACAUAGAAGCGUCCUUUGCCAAAUACUCUUCUGAUGUUGACGUCUUCAAUCUAACUCUGGAUGAAGUACUCGAUUCUUACACUUUCACAUAUCCUUGUAAAGAACAUCCCAAGUAGCACAUAUACGUUUCAAAAACGUUUUAGAAGCGUUUUUCCGAAACGUUUUAUAACCGAUUUUUAGAAACGUUUCUCAUGAGUUAAAAUGUCCAUUCGGAAAAACGU